CUUCUGUCUGUCUUGGACCCCUACUUUGAAUUAUCCGAGACAUCAAAGAUAAUGUCGACGUUGGUGGAAAGCGUGGUGACGGUUCCACCACCUGCCAAAUGUGCCUCGGGGCAGGCGAGUCCUGGUGCAUCUACCUUGACAGAGUCAACUUUCGUCCAAGGCAUCUCGGAGAAGGUGGAAUGUCCACCCGAUGACAAGGGCUCGGUGGAUCUGGAAGCCCAGGUCAACAAGAAGGAGAGAUUUGGCCCGAUCCGCUACACCCUGCUGAACAUCUAUCGCCGUCUCUUCACCCUCGUCGUUUGCGCCAAUGUGGCAGUAUUCAUUGCCAUCAUGGUAACAGAUCAGACGCUGCUGGCACUGGUGAACGCUGCCGCGGGGAACUUACUCGCAUGCGGCCUCGCACGACAGCCUCUCGUGGUCAACUCAAUCUUUGUUGCCGUAUGCUCGAUACCCAGGUCGGCCCCGCUGAGAAUCCGCCGCAUCGCCGCAAAGGUAUACCAUUACGGGGGGGUUCAUAGCGGGUGCGGAAUAGCUUCGUUCAUAUGGUACGUGGGCUUCGUGGGAGUGUUGUCCCGAGAGUACUGGGUCCCCCCGUCGGGAGGGACAGUUCUCUCGCUGGCACCCAUCGUCCUGGCGUACGCGAUUCUGGUGCUGUUGCUCGCGAUUAUCGUCGUCGCGCACCCCAAGUUCCGCUUCAAGCGGCAUGACUAUUUCGAGCUCACGCAUCGCUUCUCCGGCUGGCUGGUCGUGGCGCUCUUCGUGGUGCUUCUCAUGGUCUUCGCCCAUGAAGCCAGCCGUGCGGCGAAUGAGCCGCUCGGCCGGUUUCUGAUCAAGCUUCCUGCCUUCUGGUUCUUGAUGGUGACCGUGCUUGCCAUCAUCCACCCGUGGGUGCUGCUGCGGAAAGUCAAGGUCCAACCGGAGUACGUCUCCUCCCACGCGGCGAGGCUCCAUCUCAGCCACACGACCACGACGUUCGGGAAGGGAAUCCAGCUGUCCAGACACCCCCUCCAGGACUGGCACGGGUUCGCCACCUUCCCGGACCCAGGGGGCAAAAGCUUCUCCUGCCUGGUGUCCAAAGCCGGAGACUGGACCGCCGCCUGCAUCAAGGAGCAGCCGACGCACUUGUGGAAGCGGGGAGUCCUGGUGUACGGGUUUGCGUACGCGAUGAGGGUGUUCAAGCGAGUGGUGGUGGUGACUACCGGGUCGGGUAUCGGACCCUGCCUGUCAUUCCUGGGGGACGACAAUCGCCCGGAUCUUCGCGUAGUCUGGCAGACUCGAGCGCCUUUGAAGACGUACGGGGAGGACAUCCUCAACCUCGUGUCGGAGAUGGAUGCGAACCCGGUGGUCAUUGACACGAAUCAGGCCGGACGGGUGGACAUGGUUCCGAUCAUUCGACGGAUGGUGCAGGAAUUUGACGCGGAGGCUGUGUGUGUGAUCAGUAACCCGGUGAUGACGAAGAGGGUGGUCUUUGAGCUGGAAUCGAGGGGCAUCCCCGCGUUUGGACCGAUCUUUGAUUCAUAGAUAUUGGGGGUGGGUACUUUGGUUGGAGUUUCUGGGUUUGCUUUCUGGUGUUUUUGGGGUUAUGAUGGAUGGAUGGAUGGAUGGGAGGU